AGUCUGUCUAUCGCAUCUGCUGCAGGAAAGGCGGUCAAAGUAGCCGCUGGGAGAAGCAGCACUGGGUAAUAUUUGGAAAGCAAGGGGAGAGAAUACUAUCCGCUCCUGACGGUCAACUUCACCGCACCUGGAUCGUUCUUAUUUUUACUUAGGACAUAACUGGAAACACAAGUGUCUUGUUUUUUUUUCUUUUUAACUUGACCAAAAUGACUGGUAGCCCAGUGACAGGGCUGCUGGUUGCGCUGUGCGUAAGCAGCGCGGUCCAUUGUAUGCCAAAGAACCAAGGGAAAAACAAGAGACAAACUCAGGAACAAGUUUACCCCGAACUCGCAGACACAGUACCCCUUGCUCAAGGCUGCGAUGAGAACGGACAUUCUUACAGACUAAACGAUCAAUGGGAAAAGGCUUACCGCGGGAGUACACUGCUUUGUACCUGCAACGGAGCGGCAGGGAUCAAAUGUAAAACAAAACCCCAAGGGGAGGAGACCUGCUAUGACAAAUACAAUGACCAGACGUACCCUGUGGGUGCGACCUACGAGAGGGCGAAGGACGGCAUGAUGUGGGACUGCACCUGCAUCGGUUCCGCCCGCGGCAAAAUCAGCUGCACAAUCGGAAACCGCUGCCACGAGGGAGGCAGAUCCUACAAAAUCGGGGACACUUGGAGAAGGCCCCACGAGACCGGAGACUACAUGCUGGAUUGCGUCUGUCUGGGAAACGGCAAGGGAGAGUGGACCUGCAAACCCGUGUCGGAGCGUUGCUAUGACAACACAGGUGGAGCCUCCUACGUGGUGGGGCAGACCUGGGAGAAGCCGUACCAAGGCUGGAUGAUGAUCGACUGCACCUGUCUGGGGGAGGGCAACGGACGCAUCACCUGUACCUCUAGGAACCGUUGUAAUGACCAGGACACCAAGACCUCCUACCGCAUCGGAGACACAUGGACCAAGACAGAUGCUAACAGGCACCAACUCCAGUGUCUGUGUACAGGAAAUGGCAGAGGAGAGUGGAAGUGUGAGAGACACUCUGCCACUACUGGCACAGGUGUUAGUACAGGAACAGGUGUAGGAACAGGUACAGGAAGUACUCAUGUGACCAUCCAGACGGAGCUCCACCAGCCCUCCACCCUCCCCGAACCCCCCCAGGAGGGGGCUUGCCGCACGGACUCGGGCGCCACCUUCCACGUGGGCAUGCGCUGGAUCAGGACCCAGGGCAGCAAGCAGAUGCUGUGUACCUGCCAGGGUACUGGCGCUGUCAGCUGUGAGGAGAAGGAGGGCCAGAGCCAGGUGUACGGUGGGAACUCAGAAGGACAGGCCUGUGUGUUCCCCUUUGUGUUCAUGGAUAAGACCUACUACUCCUGUACCUCAGAGGGACGUACUGAUGGACAGCUGUGGUGCAGCACCACCUCUGACUACCAUAGAGACCAGCAGUACUCCUACUGUACCGAGAAGAACUCCCUGGUGUCGACCCGAGGGGGUAACUCCAAUGGUGCCCUGUGCCAGUUCCCCUUCCUCUACAACGGGCGUAACUACACUGACUGUACCGCCGAUGGGCGCCGCGAUGGCAUGAGGUGGUGCGGUACCACAACCAACUACGAAGGGGAGCAGCGCUACGGAUUCUGCCCCAUGGCUGCCCACGAGGAGGCCUGCACCACCAACGACGGGGUCAUGUACCGUGUGGGAGACCAGUGGGACAAACGCCACGAUGUCCUGGGUCACAUGAUGCAGUGUACCUGCUUGGGCAACAACCGCGGAGAGUGGAGCUGCAUCGCCUACUCCCAACUCAAAGACCAGUGCAUUGUGGAUGGGCUGACCUAUGAGGUGAGCCAGACCUUCACCAAGCUCCAUGACCAGGGCUACAUGAUGAAUUGCACCUGCUAUGGACAGGGACGCGGGCGCUGGAAGUGCGACGCCAUCGACCAGUGCCAGGAGCCUGAGAGCAGGGCGUUCUAUCAGAUUGGAGAGACCUGGGACAAAACCAUCCACCAAGUCCUCUACCGCUGCUAUUGCUACGGCAACGGUAUUGGUGAGAUGAGCUGCGAGCCACAGCAGACCUUCCCAGGUGGCCACCGCCCAGUCCAGGUGAUUAUCACAGAGGCAGGGAAGCAGCCUGACUCCCACCCCAUCCAGUGGAACGCCCCAGCCUCCUCACACAUCACCCAGUAUAUCCUCAAGUGGAGAGUGAAAAACACCCGUGCCCCCUGGAGAGAGGCCACCAUCCCAGGUAACCUGAACUCGUACACCAUCGCUGGGCUGCGGCCAGGUAUUACCUAUGAGGGUCAGCUGAUCAGCAUCUUGCGCUAUGGACGCCGCGAGGUCACCCGGUUUGACUUCACCACCACCUACGGCUCCCUUGGGGUGACCUCUGAAGGUGAGACGACCCAGCCUCCUCCCGUGGUGGACACGUCUGAGUCGGUGACAGAGAUCACGUCCAGUAGCUUCAUCAUCUCCUGGGUGUCAGCCUCCGACACCGUGUCAGGCUUCAGAGUGGAGUAUGAGCUGAGUGAGAACGGAGCCAAACCUCAGGUCCUGGACCUGCCCCGCCACCACCUCUGUGAUAUCAGUGACCUCCUGCCUGGCCGUAGAACAACGUCAGUUUGAGGUUUCCCCUCAGAACCCACCCUCAUCCUCACCACCUCUCAGACCACAGCUCCUGAUGCCCCUGCUGAACAUCAGAUCAACCAGGUGGGAGAAACCUCUAUCUCCAUCAGCUGGUCCAAGCCCCAGGCCCCCAUCACAGGCUACCGUUUGGUCUUCACCCCGUCAGUAGAGGGCAGCAGCACCGAGCUCAUCCUCCCAGACACUGAGACCUCCGUGACCCUGGUUGACCUUCAACCUGGCCUGCUCUACAACAUCAGCAUUUACGCUGUGGAGGAGAACCAGGAGAGCGAGCCCAUCUUCGUCCAGGUCAACACGGCCGGAGAGCCAGCACCAGAGGAAGUCCGCUCCCCUACCGACCUUCAGUUCUACGAGGUGUCUGACGUGAAAAUCAUCAUCACCUGGACCGGCCCUCCCAGCGAGGUGUCGGGUUACCGCGUGAGCUACGCCCCCGUUACCCCCGGUGACACGCCCCAGAGGCCCCUGCAGCUGCCCAUGACGGCCAACGCGUACGCAGAGAUCACCCACCUGCAGCCCGGAACCCUGUACCGCUUCAACAUCUACGCCAUCAACGGAGGAGUGGAGAGCGAGCCGCUGACGGGAGAGAGAGCCACCAAGCCCGACGCCCCCACCAACCUGCGUUUCACUGACAUCGGCGAGGACGGUGUGAUAAUGAUCUGGGAGGCUCCCAGGGCUAGCAUCAGCGGCUACCGUCUGUUCCUGAGCGUGGAAGGCUCCAGCCCAACCCAGAAGAGAAUCCCCGGCGGUCAGACCCAGUUCCCUCUGCGAGGCCUCCGCCCCGACACAGACUACACCGUCAAACUGCACUCUGAGCAGGACAACGUGUUGAGUGAGGAAGUCAAUGGCAUCUUCACCACCUCCCCAAAGAUGGGUAAUGCCCCUCGCUUCACCACUGAUGUGACCGACACCUCCAUCAUCAUCUCCUGGACCCCUGUCAGCAGGUUCAGCUUCAGGCUGUCUGUGAGGCCCAGUCAGGGAGGAGAGUCACCCAGGGAAGUGACCUCUGACUCAGGAAGUAUCUUUGUGUCAGGCCUGACCCCUGGGACUGAGUACACUUACAGUGUACAGCCCAUUAUCAACGGACGUGACCGCGGCAACCCCAUCACUAAAAACGUUGUCACUCAACUGUCUCCCCCCACUGACCUCAGUACGCAGUCCAACGCGGACACGGGUGAGCUGACUGUCCUGUGGGGCGGCGCCAACACGCCAGACAUCACAGGCUACAGAGUGACAUGCACCCCGACCAAUGGGCAGCGAGGAAACUCCCUGGAGGAGUUAGUCCAGCCGGUCCAGAACCAGUUAAUCCUGGAGAACCUGAGUCCAGGAGUGGAGUACAACGUCUCUGUCUACACUGUCAAGGACAACCUGGAGAGUGUCCCUGUGUCCACCACUGUCACCCAAGACGUGCCCAAGCUAAACGACCUGGACUUUGUCGACGUCACCGACACCACUGUGGGCCUGCGCUGGACCGCCCUGGUAAACGUUAGCGCCAUCACCAGUUACCGGGUAACGGUUAUGGCGUCGGGCGAGAGUUUGCCCAUCAUCAUGGAUACGGUGGACUCGUCGACGGGCCAUUAUACGGUGCGCGGGCUGGAGCCCGGUGUGGAUUAUGACAUCAGUGUCACUACGAUAACGGAGGAAGGGGAGAGCGAGCCGGCCACACGCAGAACGCAAACCCAGACUGCCGUCCCCGCCCCCACCAACCUAACUGGAGGGGUGGGCCCCGAUCACAUGAGGGUCAGCUGGACCGUCCCCAACGUCCCCACGCCCAGUGACAUCACACGCUUUGUCAUCCGCUUCCACCCCAGCAGCAACGACGACGAUGUCAAGGAGCUCAACGUGGGCGGAGCCACCAACACCUUCCUGCUGCAGAACCUGCUGCCCAACACAGAGUACAGGGUGAGCGUGGUGUGUGUUUACGAGGAGAGAGAAAGCGCACCAGUCACUGGCACUCAGAGAACAACCCUGGACUCUCCCACUGGCCUGGACUUUGCUGACGUCCUGACCAACUCCUUCACCAUCCACUGGCUGGCCCCCAGCGCCGUGAUCACCGGCUACCGUAUCCAUUACCAGAUGACCAGCGGAGGCAGGGCCAAGGACGAGAGACUGCCCCCGACCAGGAGCCACUUCACCCUGACUGGCCUGGCUCCCGAGACAGAGUACAGUGUUGAGGUCUACGCUGUCAGCGGGAACCAGGAGAGUCUGCCUCUCACUGGCACUCAGGCUACUAUCUCUGACGCCCCCACCGACCUGGAAGUGACCUCAACCAGCCCCACCAGCAUCACCAUCCGCUGGGACGCCCCCUCCGUCACCGUGAGGUACUACAGAAUCACCCACGGAGAGACAGGUGGAGAAAGCCCUGCUAAGGAGUUCACUGUCCCCGGCUCCCAGUCCGAGGCCACCAUCUCUAACCUGAACCCAGGGACAGACUACACCAUCACCGUCUACGCUGUGACAGGGAGAGGGGACAGCCCGGCCUCCAGCACACCCAUCUACGUCAGUCACAAGACUGACGUGGAGGGCCCCACCAACAUGGACGUGACUGAUGUGAAGGACAACACCAUCACAGUGCGCUGGUCCGCGGCCCAGGGCCCCAUCAAGGGCUACAGGGUCACCAGCGUCCCCAAGAAUGGACAGGGCCCCUCUUUCUCUGAGGUGGUGGCCCCUGAUCAGACCGAGAUUACGUUUACUGGCUUGAUGCCCACGGUGGAGUACGUUCUGAGUGUGACCGCUCUGGGAACCGAUGGAGAACCUUCCACACCUCUGGUAGAGAACGCCAUCACAGCAAUGGACCAUCCCAAGGCCCUAUCCUUCUCUGAGGUGGACUCCACCUCCCUGAGGAUCACAUGGGACAGUCCGGACGGCACGGUGACAUCAUACCGCGUGCUGUACUCCAGCCCUGAGGAGGGCGAGAGAGAGCUGCGCCCGGCGCCCAGAGGGACAGACGAUACCGUGGUACUGAGGAAUCUCCGCCCCGGCACAGAGUACACUGUUAAGGUCAUCGCUCUGCACGGACGCACCCCCAGCACCCCACUGGUGGGCACACAGGCCACAGCUAUCCCUGCUCCCACCAAUCUGGACAUCUCUGAGGUUGGUGACACCUCCUUCAUUGUCUCGUGGCGCUCCCCCAGCUCCGGGCUGUCUGGGUACCGUGUGGUUGUCAACCCCAAGAACAACAAUGGACCCACCAAGGAGAUGACCAUCGCCCCAGACACCACGCGCGCCGUGGUCCCAGGACUCAUGGUGGCCACUCUGUACACAGUGCACGUUUACGCCCUGAAGAACUCUGUGACCAGCCGACCCCUGGAGGGAGAGGUCACCACGCUGGACAACAUCAGUCCUCCUCGGCGUGUGCGUAUCUCUGACGUGAAGGACUCGGCCAUCACGCUGACCUGGCGUGCUAAGGUUGAGACCAUCACCGGGUACCUUAUCGAAGCUCAGCCCCUCGGCGGCAGCCGCCCCGCCAUCAAGAAGACAAUCCCCGGAGAGCAACGCACCUACACCAUCACUGGUCUGGAGCCAGGCACCUCCUACACUAUCCACAUCUACACCAUCAACGGCGAUGCACGCAGCGCCCCCUUCACCCUCACGGCCACCACAGCCAAACCAGCGGUGCAUUCCCCCACCAACCUCCAGUUCACCUCCCUGACCCCCAACUCCAUCUCCUUCAGCUGGGAACCCCCCGCCACGCGCAUCACAGGAUAUUACAUCACCUACGAGGAGGCAGGCAGGGCGCAGCCCCGUGAGCUUACCCCCCGCCCCCACGCUGGCCAGAACUACGCCACCAUCUCUGGUUUGAGACCAGGUACCGAGUACAUCAUCAAGAUCAUCGCUCUUCAGAAUGUCCAGAGAAGCACCCCAUUGGUGGGAACGGCCAGGACUCGUGAAACGUGAAUCCCUGCUUACACUGCCACUCCCCAACCGCCCGGAGGCUACGACCACCUGGACGUGCCUGAAGAAAAGGAGAGCCGUGUCCCAACAGUAGUAGGUAACAACGGCCUAGACACCCUGGGGGGCCAGGGCCAGAACGUGGAGUACACUGAGUACAACAACCAGAACCCCCAGACACCCUAUGGGAAUGGCCAGACACCCUAUGGGAACGGCCAGACACCCUAUGGGAACGGCCAGACACCCCUGGUGUUUGUGCCCCUUCCGGACGCGGAGGGGCGCAGGGUGCCGGUGGUGAGCGUGAACGUGCCUGGUGGCUCUCCCUUUGGUUUUCCAGAGAAGGACACAGGAAUCCCUCAGGAGGCCCAGACCCAGACCACCAUCGCCUGGAAGCCUUACAAGCAGAGUUCAGAGUACCUGGUGUCCUGCAACCCACUGACACACGUCAACGAGAAGAUGUUCCAGAUGCGUCUGCCUGGUACCUCCACCAGUGCCACUCUGAUCGGCCUGACCAGCGGAGCCUCCUACAACGUUAUCGUAGAGGCCCUGAAGGGGGCACUCAAACACAAGAUCCUGGAGGAGAUUGUCACCGCCGGCAACACCCUGACAGAGGGUUCCACCGGCACAGAUAAGGACUCGUGCUACGACACCUUCACAGCGACCUACCAUGACGUUGGGACCGAGUGGGAGCGCAUGUCUGAGACGGGCUUCAAGCUGUGGUGCAGGUGUCUGGGACUAGGCAGUGGACACUUCCGAUGUGACUCCUCUAAGUGGUGUCAUGAUGGAGGUAACAACUACCGUAUCGGGGAGAAAUGGGAGCGUCAGGAGGAGAAGGGCCCCAUGAUGAGCUGCACCUGCCUGGGCAACGGGAAGGGAGAGUUCAAGUGUGAACCACAUGAGUCCACCUGCUAUGACGAUGGGAAGAUGUACCAGAUUGGUAACCAGUGGCAGAAAGAAUACCUGGGAGCCAUCUGUACCUGCACCUGCUACGGAGGACAACAGGGCUGGCGUUGUGAGAACUGUCGUAGACCAGGUGCUGAGGUGGACUCUAGUCUGCUGCAGCCCGUCCGAUACAGGGACCCCACCAACACACUACGCAAAGUGAACAUCCAGUGCCCCAUCGAAUGCCUUCGACCUGAACUACUGGCAGACGCACUGGCAGAAGGACACAUCCCCCAGAAUCCCCUGGAGUAAAAGAUCAAUCUCCUCUUCCUUACCCAUGGUCUGUCAAGUCUCCUUGAAGAGGAGGUCGCCCUGUCCAGUUAGAGACAGACCUGAACUAACACAUCGGUGCCUUACUGAUCAGCUUAACCAUAUCUAAACACCUACAUACUGUAGGUCCAUGCCUUCCUAGUCUUAAGAGAACCCCCUACACACUGUAGGUCCAUGCCUUCCUAGUCUUAAGAGAACCCC